GACUAGUCCACAUGUGUUAACUCAACCAACCACAGAGAAAACAACCAUCACCAUGGCUGUUAGAAGAUCUGCUAGACUCAAGUUAAAGGAGGAAGAAGAACAGGAGCGCUAUAGGACUCCAUUGAGGGGAGGCCAGGCGGUAAAGAGGCGCCUCUCUAGCACUAGUAAUAGUUUUAGUGAAGAAGGUAGUCCACCAGCUACUAGUGCUAUAAAGGAACAACUCGAGUGUCAAGACAUUGUCAGUGCUAGUGAUGAAGAUGUGGUGGCUGUUACUCCCAAGAGGAAACAAACUCGCAAAACCAAUAACUUCUUGAAACUGUACAACUCUUAUAAUCGUGAUGAUGGUUACGAUCUCUAUGAGGAUGAAUUUAUAGACGACAGUGAGGAGGUUGUCAACAAAAAAAAUCGAAGGAAGGAAAAAAGGACUAGACGUGAUUCUAACAGUUCCAGCAGCUCAGAUAUCGGAGGUCGAAGGUCAAAACGUAAAAAAGCAGAAAUGCAAUUGUCCAGUGAUGAAGAGAUUGGGCAAAUUACGAGUAACCGUGGAAACGAACCAGCUGGAAUCAUUAUUUCGAAAAUCUCUGUCAACGAUAGUCAUACAAGAUACUCAAGUGAUUCUGAUGUUGAGUGUAGUUUAAGAAGACCGAGAGCGGCUAUUAACCGAAGCAGACUAGACUCUUAUCUCUCAGAUAGCUCUGAGGAGGAUAUAAAGGUUAAAACGAAGACACGGAAGAAGAGACGAGUGCAGUGUCCGGAGAGUGAUGAAGAGUUAGCAAGGUGAAACACAGCGAUAGUUUUAGUU